GUGUAGUGUAACACAGAAAGAGAAAGUGGUGAAAAACACACAAGAGAGAAAAGAGGAAAAUAAGCAGAAAGAGAUGCCCCGGCGGAGGGCCCUGCCUCCUCACCGUCGCGCCACCGCCACCGCCACCGCCAUGCCUCCCGCCAACCUCUCCAUCUCCGCCCCCUCCGCCGCCGCCGCACCACCGCCCCCGCUUUACCUCCGCCGCCUCCCGCUCAUCGCCGCUGCCGCGCUCCUCUUCCUCCUUGUCAUCGUCGUCCUCGCUGCUGCCCAUCCCUACGGCUACGCUCCAUGGCUAGCCAACGCCGCACCAGCAGCCCUCCUCCGCCGCCCGGUAUCCACAACCUUCUACUCUUUUGACCUGCUCCGAGAAUAUCCCCACGAUCCAUACGCCUUUACCCAGGGUCUCUUGUAUGGAGGAAAUGACACUUUUUUCGAGUCAACUGGCCUUUAUCACAGGUCAUCGGUCCGGAGGGUUGAUCUUAAAACUGGAAAAGUUUUAGUUCAGCAUGAAAUGGAUGGACGAUUGUUUGGAGAAGGUCUCACGCUUCUCAAUGACAAAUUGUUUCAAGUUGUUUGGAUGAAGAAUCAGGGGUUUAUCUAUGAUCGACAUAACUUUAGCAAACGUGAGAGUUUUACCCAUAAAAUGAGUGAUGGGUGGGGGUUGGCUACUGAUGGAAAAGUUCUUUUUGGCAGUGAUGGUACUUCAAGGUUAUACCAGCUUGAUCCAAAGUCAAUUCAAGUCAUGAAGACAGUGACUGUGAAAUAUCAAGAUAAUGAAGUCCCCUAUCUUAAUGAACUGGAAUAUAUAAACGGUGAAGUAUGGGCAAAUGUCUGGCAGACAGAUUGCAUAGCUAGAGUCUCCCAUGAAGAUGGCCUAGUGGUGGGCUGGAUCUUUCUUCAUGAGCUGAGGCAACACUUGUGGAAUUCUGGCAAUACGGAAAUCGAUGUUCUAAAUGGUAUAGCUUGGGAUGAAGAAAAUCAAAGAUUAUUUGUGACCGGAAAAUUGUGGCCAAAGAUCUAUGAAAUUAAGCUACGGCCUGUAGAUGGGCCACAAGAUGGAUCUGUAGAGAAGCUAUGCCCCAAGGCAAGCUUUUAUCGUUGAGGUGUAGUGGAUCUCUCUAGGGUGAGAAGAGAAGAGAAGAGAAGAGAAGAUAUAGGAUAUCUUGUUUUUAUAUCAGUAUGUUACAAUGCACAGAUGUAUUGCAUACACCUCUUAAGUGGAGGUAAUUGAUUGGCAGUUUUCGGAGACUUGUGUUGUAUCUCGACAAAAUUGAGUGUAUUUACUGAUCUGAUGGUAGCUACUUGCUUCGUCUUCUUUUCUUUUCUUUUUUUUCUAGAGCGGCAUAUAGCUGUUAAUCAAUUCUUCUCCUGAUGUACAUUGUAGUAGAAGUAAUUUAUAAGGAUGAUUGUGCUUCGAACAACUCUAAUCGCCAGUUCAUCAGAACCAAAUUAUCUCAUUGUUUAA